AUGUCUACGCCAACGACGGCUGUGGCCACGCUCCCUCACUACCGAGCACACGCUACUCACGGCCACCACUCGCACCACAACGCCGCCCACAAGGGCUACCUCCACCACAACCACCACCACAACCCGGCGCCGUCGCUGACCACAACUUCACAUUAUCGCUCGACUGCUGCCCAUUCUCUGCUGCACGCGGCCAACUCGUCCGCACCCACCCCCUCGGCACCCGCAAGCACAACAGCAUCAUCGCCAUCAUCAGCGUUCAACGGAGCACGGCCGGUGCCCUUUUGCCAAGCGAGCAGCGGCCACGCUGCAGCGGGCUACUCGCAGCCGGAUGCCACAGCCCAGAACCACCACCACCACCACCACCACCAUCACGCCCAAUCACCGCCCGCACCCCCUCCGCACGACCACCAUCUGCCUCGCCACCACCAUCUCGACGCUUCAUCUGCAGCAACGGCGAGACCCCAUAUCGACCAUUCGUUUUCUUCUUCCACAAUGGUUGGCUCAACCGGCUCUGCUACCGCUACGACAACGGUCGCGGCAAGCACAGAUGACCCUCCCUCCAAGAAACGCCGCCGCUCCCGCGAGCCUGACUGGAAUAAUUUUUACCGAAACGGCUUGCCCAAGGAAAUCAUCGUCAUUGACGACACGCCGGAGCCAGAAGCCAACACGUCCCGCAAGCUGACCACGCAUGCCAACGGAAAUGCCUCGACGGUCAUUCCUUACGAUACCACGGCCUCUACUCGCCAGGCCGUAAAGCGAAGACGGCGGGAUGCUGCCCCUUCGGGCUAUCACGUCCAGUAUGUGGGUUCCCACACAAACACUCCGCUGCAGCACGCAACACCCAUCGGUUCCACACAAUCCAGUGACCGCACCAACUCCGUCCUUAACACGACGGCCCCGACUUCUCUUUCCUCCAAUAGCCAAUACGAAGAGGUUCCUUCUCCAUUGAAGCGGAAGCGAACAACUCGCCAACAAGCUGCCAGCGAGGCAAAACGCCGAGAUGUCGAUGGUCUAGGUGGCCAAUUCUUGACCUACAAGCCUCCGCCCUUUCCCCCAAAGAAAGUUUCGGAUGUUCAUGUGCGGGUCGUUCACGAUCAAUACUCAAAGAAUGUCAAGGUCGAUGACGAUGACGGUCACUACAUUGUCGUUCCUGACGCCGAGCUCACAGACAAAUAUCAAAUCUGCCGUCUUCUUGGCCAGGGGACUUUUGGCAAGGUCGUCCAAGCGCGGGACCGGAAGAAAAAUCAGGCCGUAGCUGUCAAGAUCAUCCGAUCCGUGCAAAAAUACCGCGAUGCCUCGCGGAUCGAGUUGCGAGUCCUGGCGACACUCAAGGCCAACGAUGCCGAAAACAGAAACAGAUGCAUCCAUCUGAGGGACUGCUUUGACUAUCGUGGGCACAUUUGCAUUGUUAUGGAUCUGCUGGGGCAGAGUGUCUUUGACUUUUUGAAAGGAAACAGCUUUGUGCCUUUUCCUAACAGUCAGAUUCAAAACUUUGCUCGCCAGCUGUUUACCAGUGUAGCUUUCCUGCAUGAUUUAAACCUGAUCCAUACCGAUCUAAAGCCGGAGAAUAUACUUCUUUGGGACGAUUCGUACCAGACCUUUACAUAUAACCGAAAAAUUCCAUCGUCAUCCACAACCAUCAACAGGCAGGCGUCACAACGACGAGUGCUGCUCAAUACAGAAAUACGGUUGAUCGAUUUUGGAUCUGCCACGUUCCAGGACGAAUACCACUCUUCAGUCGUCUCAACAAGGCACUACCGAGCGCCCGAGAUCAUCCUGGGCCUCGGUUGGUCAUUUCCCUGCGACAUUUGGAGUAUCGGUUGCAUUCUUGUUGAAUUCUUCACCGGUGAUGCCUUGUUCCAGACCCACGAUAAUCUCGAGCAUUUGGCCAUGAUGGAGGCUGUGGUUGGCUCGAGGAUCGACAGCCAUCUUGUGCAGAAUGUGAACAAGAUGUCCACAAGAAGCGGUGGCAACCCAGCGUCCAAAUUUUUCAAACGUCUCAGGCUGGACUAUCCGACGCCCGAAACGACACGAGGAUCUAAGAGAUUUGUCAAAGCAAUGAAACAUCUUAACGAUAUUAUCCCAGCAAACAAUCAAUUCUUCAAAAACUUCCUCGAUUUGCUCAAAAACAUCUUUGUGUACGAUCCUGCUCAACGGAUAACUGCCAAGCAAGCCUUGAACCAUCGUUGGUUCAAGGAAGCUGCCCAGCCAGACGACGGGACCGAGGCGGCUAAAUUACGGCUGGAGAGGAAACGGCUGGAGCAGGAUAAGGCUCGAUACCAGCACCACGUCUGA